AGUCAGGUGCUGUUUUCACAUUUGGGAAAAGCAAAUUUGCAGAAGAUAUUCCUAGCAAGUUCUGGUUCAAAAAUGACAAGCCUGUGCUUAUAUCCUGUGGAGAUGAACAUACAGCUAUUAUUACAGGAACUACUCUUCUGUGGAUGAGCAUGUGUGAUGGUUGUAUUGACAAUCAACUGCUGACAGAUAAUAAGACUUUGUUGUUGAAAAAAAUAUAUGUGUCUUUUCAGGACUUUUAAAAUUGGAAUGUAGUUAUUGCUCAUCGAUUUACAAUUGGUUGUUGUGUAUUAAAUAAUUUCCUGAGGCUUUCUUGCAAUGUUCACAAGCAACAUUGAAGAUGCUGAAUUUUUAGAAAGAACUAUUCCAGGCAAGAUAAAAAAGACUGUAGAUUUCAUGGGCUGCAGAACACCCUGAGGUGAAAUUACAUGAUGAAUUUUUCAAGCCUAACUUCACGGCAGAUGAAUUAUACAUUAAUAGUUUAUUUUGAACAAAGCUUGGCACUUCUUCUUGGAUUGAACCAAUAAUAUUAAAUUACCUGUUGCAUUGAAUUAAUCUGGAUGUUACCUGGGGCACUGUGGCGUUUUCCUUUUGCAUUUCCUUUUUACAUAUACUUUUAUAUGCCCACACCCAGUUUGAAAUAACACAGGUAUAGUUCUGUGUUUAAACCAGUAAAUUUAAAUUUAAACCAGUAAAUUUAAAUGCCUGGGCCAGCACUGUUAACCCCAGUCAGCAACAAUCCCCUAAUUCCCACAUCACUGUAAUAGUUACCACUUAGAUAAAGCUUUUGAAGAUGUCAUCUUGCAGAGAUUUUCAUGCAGCAUCAUUUCUGUAUAAUUUCUCCUUCUCUCCAUUACUUUAGUAUAUGCAGCUUUUUUCAAAAGUGUCUCUGUAGCUUGCCCUAGCUGUUGUAGUGGGCAGGUACAUCACCAGGGAGGCUUCUAGAUGAUCAGAUCUUUAUUUCCUCAAAGCUUUUGCCCUCAAGGAACUGUAGAAGCAUGAGAAAAAGACAUUUUUGAUAGCAAAAGGUUUUCUGGGUCAUUGUAAAGUAAAGGCAAAAGUGAAAGUAAAGUGUGGAUCAACAACAAGCAAAGGUAGAGAAACUGCAAGAGUCAUACACAAAAAGUGAAGAAGGAAGGAAAAGGCUCUUCUCCCUCAUUUGUUCUUCACACCAGUGCAUGCCCAUGUGCACCUCACAUUUCUGCAGUUAGAUGGAAUUGGAUGAUACAGUCCUUGGGAAUGACCCUGAGCUGCAGUAACAGCUGGAAUAAAUGGUCCAGAAGCUCAUGCUGAUAAUGAGUUUACUGAGAAGGGUGCAGACCUUGUGGGAGACCAGGAUCUUCUUCAGCUGAACCUGACCUGGAAGAGAUAAAAUGCAAACAUCACCAAGGAAGGAAAGUAUCUCCAGCAGGGAAAGGCAAACUCUACAUGUUCGGCAGUAACGACUGGGGCCAGCUAGGACUGGGAUCAAAGACCACUGUCAGCAAACCAACCUGUGUUAAAGCUUUAAAACCAGAAAAACCAAAACUUGCUGUUUGUGGAAGAAACCACACCUUAGUUUACACAGAAAAAGGAAAUGUCUAUGCUGCUGGAGGUAACAGUGAAGGCCAGUUGGGGUUAGGUGACACAGAGGAAAGGACCACAUUCCAUUUAAUUAGAUUUUUCACCAACCAGCACAAGAUCAAGCAACUAUCAGCUGGGUCAUACACCUCAGCAGCAGUAACUGAGGAUGGGCAGCUCUUUGUGUGGGGUGAUAAUUCAGAGGGGCAGAUUGGCCUGGCCAGUGAAGCCUCUGUCAGUGUCCCCUGCAAAGUGGAUAUUGGAAAACCUGUUUCCUUUGUAUCCUGUGGAUAUUAUCAUUCUGCCUUGAUUUCAGGAGAUGGUGAGCUCUAUACUUUUGGAGAAGCUGUGAAUGGGAAACUGGGAUUAUUCCCUGAACAGCUGAAGAACAAUAGAGUCCCACAGCCUGUACUGGGAAUUAUGGAAAAGGUUAAUAAGGUUGCUUGUGGUGGAGAACACACUGUGGUGCUGACAGAGACAGAUGUUUACACUUUUGGACUUGGACAGUAUGGGCAGCUGGGACACGGAACUUUUGUGUUUGAAAGUUCAGUACCAAAGCCUUUGAAACGCUUGAAGAGGCAUAAAAUUUGUAACAUUGCAUGUGGGGAAAACCAUACUGCUGUGAUAGCAGAGAAUGGCCUGAUGUUUACUUUUGGAGAUGGACGACAUGGCAAGUUAGGAUUUGGAGAAGAGAGUUUUACAAAUCUGUUUGAUCCCACUCUGUGUUACAACUUCUUGAAGUUCACAGUCCUUUUGGUUGCUUGUGGGGGUUGUCACAUGCUGGUUUUUGCUGCUCCAAGGCCUAAAGGAUCUGAAAUACCCUUGGAAGAUUUGUAUGAGCCUCGUUUGGCUGCUGCUGCCUCUCAAAGCAGAGGGGACUUUGUGCUGGCAAACACUUUGCAGUUAUCAGCAGCACGAAUGCGGCGUCGAGAGAGGGAAAGGUCACCAGAGCAGUUUGCUCGAAUGGCACAAACUCUGCCUGCAAUGGGGAAAAGCUUCUUAAAAUCUUCAUUGCCUGUGGCAAGCAACACCAGCCCAUUCUGGUUUUCUGCAAGUCGUCCUAAAGCUGAAUCUGGGAGGGAUGGAGACCAUGAGAAAGAAAAUAAUCAUCAAAAUGAUAAACCUAGUGAAGACUCUUCAGAACAAGAUUCAGAUAAUGAAAAUAUCGACAGAAACCUUGGGGAUACAACUGACAUCUUAAAUAUGACACAUGCAAUGAAGCUGAAUCCUGGUGACUGGUCCUUAAAAUUAUCACCGCUCCAAAAACAGAAGAAGAACAAUAAAAAUGUGAAACUGAAAAGAGAUGGUAAGGGUGGGCUGAAAAACAAGGAUUCUGAUUCCACAAAGGAGGGCUCAAAAUUAGAGUCUGGCUCUUUACAAAAGCAGUCUUCACUUUCAGAGUCAACUGGACAAGAUUUAGAAAAGAGUAGUGCCUUUGUAGGGAAGCCUGUGGCCAGAAAAAGUAUAAAGAAGGGUAAAUCUGAGCAUGCACAAAGUGAUAGUACUUUGGAAAGUGGUGCUCAAGAAAUUACUGAGGACAAAAGCAUAUUAGUGAAAAGGGAAAAAGUGUGUGUGGAAAAUCCUGAAUUUUUCAGAGAGGAUUCAAGAUAUAAUCUUCCCACUGAAAAUCAAAUUCUGACUGAAAAAAUAAAUUCUUCCAAUAAAAAGCCAAAAGCUGUUAAAUCUAAGCAGUCCCUUAAAAUAGAGGUACUUCCUUCUGCUCCCAGGGAUCAGCCCCAGGCUGAUUCAUUAAUUGUACAAGAAUACAAUCCUGUUAAAAAGCAAGGGAGUCAAAAAACAGCAGAUAGUCAAAACAAACUAAAGGAUGGUGUUGAAAAAUCUGACAAGUAUGAAAGAAUGAAUGUCACAGGAGAAGAAAGUAGUGCAGAACAGAAGGAGCAUCAUAAAAAAAAGCAUCAGUUUUUGAAACAAGUAUCUGUAACUUCAUCAUCAUCUUCAACUGAGGAACGUAUUAAUGAUCUCCAAAAAUAUAUACUUAAGGAAGAGGCCUUCUAUGAACACAGAGUUGUGCAGAGGGCAAGGAGGACAGUGACACAUCUGGACUCAGAAAAAGACAGUGAGAUUGAGGAGAUGCAAGCUACAAACAAUGAGAAAGAACGUGUAGAACAGACUGAUUUAAAAAGCCUGAAUGAGGAAGAAACAAGCUCUGAUGAUAAACCUGAUGAAGACAGGCUAGUAGAAAUUAAGAAUGAGGAGGAAUCUGAUCAGGAGCAGGAGAAUGAAAGCAGUGAAAAGGGUGAAAGUGAGAAAGAAAAACUGGAUGAAACAAUUGACAGUGAAGGUAAACUAGGGGAGGAAGAAGAGAGUGAGGUUAACAAAGACGGAGAUGAGGUUUCAGUAGAAAAAGAUGAAGAGGGAAAAGAUAAUGAGGAAGAAAGUGAACAAGAAGAAUCACAAGCUGAAAGAGAAAGUGGGAAUGAGGGUGCAGAGGAGAAUGAGGAGCUCAGCCAGAAAGAUGGCAAAGAGCAAAGAGAUGAGCAAGGCAGGUUGGUGGAGGAAGAAGAAAUGGUGAGCGAGGGAGAAAAGGAGGAUAUGGAGGAGAAGUAUGAGAAAGAGGAAGGCACUGAAAAAGACAAAGAACAGGUUAAACAUGAGGGAAGAGAUGAGAGUGAGGAAGGAGGGGAAGAUACAGAGGAAGGGGAAGAAAAAGAGGUAGAGGCAGAAGAGGAAGGAGAAGAUGAAAAGGAAGAUGAAGAAGAAAAAGAAAGGGAAAAUGAAAAAGACAAAGAGGGUGAAGAGGAGGAGUUGGGAGAAUCAUUGGCAGGGAAGGAAGAAGAGGUAUCUGAAGAUGAGCAGGUUGAGGAAGAUGCAAAUACAAAAACUAAGGAAGUGGGUGAGGAUGGAAUGGAAGAAGGAAAAGAUGGGGAGGAUGAAGUGGAAGAAGGAAAAGAUGGGGAGGAUGAAGUGGAAGAGGAAAGAGGAGAUGAGAAAGAGGAAGGAGCAGAGGCAGAAGCAGAAGGGGACAAGGGGGAAGAAGAUGAAAAGGAAGAAGAGGAGGGGGAAAAUGAAGAGAAAGGGGAAGAUAAAGAGGGAGAAGGAGUGGAAGAAGAUGAGGGAGUAGGAGAGGAAGAAGAGAGUGUUGGGGAAGAUGAGGGAAAAGAGGGAGUAGAUGAAGAAGAGGAAGAUGAGGAGGAAGAAGAAGGAGUGGAAGAAGGGGGAGAUGAGGAAACAAGAGAGGAAGAAGAAGAGGUAGAGGAGGGGGAAGAGGCAGGACAGGAAGAAGGAGAAGAAGAAGGAGAAGGGGAAGAGGAGGAAGAGGGUGAGGAGGAAGAAGAAAAAGAGGAAGAGGGUGAGGAGGAAGAGGAAGAAGAGGAAGAGGGUGAAGAGGAAGAAGAAGAAGAGGAAGAGGGGGAAGAGGGUGAGGAGGAAGAAGAAGAAGAGGGGGAAGAAGAAAAAGGGGAAGAGGGUAAGGAGGAAGAAGAAAGGGAAGAGGGAGAGGAGGGAGAAGAUGAAGAGGAAGAGGGGGAAGAAGGAGAUGAGGAGGAAGGGGAUUUAGGAGAGGAGGAAGAAGAGGAUGAGGGAGAAGAUGAGGAUGAGGAGGAAGAAGAGGAAAAAGCAAAAGAUAAAAGGAAAAAUUAUAGUAGUAAACUUCCAGAAAAGAAAAGCAAACCCAGGAAGCCAGAAAAGACAGGAAGUGCUGCUUUACCAAACAGCUCUAAACAAAACGUGAAAUCCAAACGUCAUGUAGCAAAUGGUUUACAUAAUCCAGAACAAUUUUGGAACAAUGUGCUACCUCAUUAUUUAACACUAAAGUAGCAUAGACUACUGUAGAUGAAUUUUAAGCCUAUUCAGGAAACAGAUCAAUUUUUAUUACUUGAAGGAAUCUUUUCAUGAAAUCAAAGCAAACUGUUAUGCAUAUAAUUUAAGUGCCAACGUCUUGAAAAAGACUGAAGAAAAUGUUUGGAUUCAG